CGACUGCCUCAAGAAAACGCAAGAGGGCGCGAAGAGAUGGGAUGGGUCGCUCAUGCGACCCCAGAGCUCGAUAGAGAAUCACGAUGGCGCGCGAUCUUGGCUACGACGGUGAUCUUCACAGUCUUGAUGAUCGGAGUUGUUGCACUUCGCUUCUGGAUUCGUCGGCGAAUACUGCACAAGGAAGACUGGCUGACGCUGGCCACGAUGUUUGUGAGCGUCAUCUACAGUGCCGCAGUGAUCUUACAGACGCGUUACGGGCUUGGUCUGCCUGUGGAUCGCCAGCCGCCACAGAAUUGGCGCAACUACAUGCUGUCCAACUAUGCCUCACGCCCAUUCUACAUCUUCGGCUUGGCCGGGUUCAAGUUGGCUCUGUGCAUAAGUUAUCUGCGCAUGACGAAAGGCAGUACGGAUCAUAAAUACAGGCGCUUCAUCAUCGCCGUGGCUGUCUUCUCGACCUUUGCGCACUUGGUGUUCGUCAUGCUCUACCUGUGCCAAUGCGUUCCGAUCACCAAAAUGUUUGAUAGGGCAAUCAUUGGAGAGUGUCUGCCGUUUGCACCUCUGAACUAUUCAAUAUCCGUCGUGGUCAUCAUAUGCGAUGUCACGAUAUUCCUUCUGCCUAUACCUCUGAUACAACGAUUGCAUCUGGAGCGAGCAGUGAAGCUUGGCUUGACCAUCGUCUUUGCCUUGGGUCUUCUGACGACGGUAUUGUCAAUCAUGCGCGCUUCUCAAAUACACCGCAUAGCAUACGAGGAUGGCGACACCAGUUACUUCGAGAUCAGAAGCGGACUUGAAUUGAAUAUUGGCAUCAUCACGUCUUGUCUCCCAGUACUGCGACCAGUGCUGCGUUUAGUACCGCGCAAGAUCAUCUCGAUGCUUCCCUUCGCGUCUACCGGUAACGCGCAGGAAACUUCCUCGCAUGGCGGCCUGGAACUAUGCGGAGACUACCCUGCCACUCAGACGAUAGGAGGCAGCUACAGAAUGCAAAGCCAAAGUGGGCGAAGCUGGCGCAGCCACAAGUCUCCACACUGGUUCAGCAAAAGCAAAGACCAGACGAUAAGUUCGGCGACCCGAGAGCUAGAGGAACUCGAUGACUACGAUGAACUACCGAGCCGGCGAGCAAGCACCAUCCAAGUGCCCCACAGAACAGCAUCACGGCAAUCAACGACGCGUCCAUGGGAACACAGACACAGUGCGACGAGGGCAAGUCUGAUGAGCCAAGAUAUGAGCAUACUCUCCAAUAAUUCCGACAGCGCCUCACAAGCGGUUAUCCAAGGAGGCGGAAGACAGAGGUGGGAGCAAGCCGAUGGCAGUGGAAGAUGGGAAGGAUUUGGAGGAGUAAUAAAAACGGUGGAGCUAGAUGUAACGAGCGUGCCGGCCACAUCCUCGAACAUGACUGGUGCUGGAGAGUUCGGCCGCGGUCUCACGAGAAAGGAUGAAUGGGAGGAGACAUUACCUCUGCCCAAGCCUCUAAGAUCACGAGCUGCUAGUUCGGUGUCGAAUGUCGGGAAAGAGAAUACAUAA